AUGACGACCGAUGCGCUCGCUCUGAUGGCGGUUGCCCUUGCACAAGCCAGCCCCGGAGGGGUCCCGGGGAGCCAGGUCCCAGCCCUGCUCCGGGCCGUCUCGGCGCUGGCUGGGCCCGUAGCCUUGUCUUCGACUUCGCACGUGCAGCGCCGGAAGAAACGCCGCUCGCGGGUCCCGGAAACUCUCCCUCCGCCUGGCCGUGCUCCUGCCUGCUUGCGGCCACGACAGCGGCAGUCGUCGCGCCUUCCACCGUCGGGGCAUGGCCCCGCUCCCCAGUCGCAGCAGACACCGCCGCCGCCAGCACAGUCGGCGUUACCGGUGCCGGUGACGCGGACAUCGCCACCUCCGCGGUCAGCUCCGGAUCCGCGCCCAGCCUCGUCUCCUCAACCUCCGUCUGUGCAUCCCGCGGGAUGGCAGAGGGCGAAACUGAGCCGCCGUCAAAGGCAGCGGCAGGACCUCCAGCAGACACCGGGAUUGCCUCCGUCUCCGCCGCAGGCACAUCAGCAUCAGCCACCGGAGGCCUCCCCGCAGCCGCCAUUGAGGGUAGCACAGCAACUGCCAGUUCAAACUCCACUCCGUCGUUUUCCAUUGCCCCUCCGUCCGCAGCAGCCUCUCCCCUCGGUAUUCCAUGCUCCUCCGUCUCCUCUCCUGCACGUACGAAACCCUCAGUCAGUACCUGGCCCGCCGUCGUUCCAUCGGUACCCCUAUGGCGGUCCCCCUGUGCAGCAUCAGUGGGGACCGGUGACGCCUCCUGCCCCGCCUCCUCCCUCAGCGGUGGUUCCUGGUGAGCCUCCGUCUCUCGUCGAGCAGCGCGUGAUGCACGUGGGGACUUGCUUGACGCUCCUGUCGUACGUGCUCGACCAGCUUCACGUGACCCUGGUGCAGCAGGAGGUGCAGAUCGAGGCGAUGCAGCCCGCGGAGCAGUCGGCGGCAGUGUCGGCCGCGGAGGAGUUGCAGCAGUACCUCCCCCUGAUUGGCUUCGUGCCUGGCUCCCCCGGGGCUGCCCUUGGCCCUGGCCCUGGGGCUUUGGCACGGCUUGCCGAGUCUGCUCAGGAGGACCCGCUUGACCUUAUGCCUCUCUCUCUCUCUCUCUCUCUCUCUCUCUCUCUCUCUCUCUCUCUCUCUCUCUCUCUCUCUCUCUCUCUCUCUCUCUCUCUCUCUCUCUCUCUCCUCCCUCCCUCCCUCCCUCCCUCCCUCCCUCCCUCCCUCCCUCCCUCCCUCCCUCCCUCCCUCCCUCCCUCCCUCCCUCCCUCCCUCCCUCCCUCCCUCCCUCCCUCCCUCCCUCCCUCCCUCCCUCCCUCCCUCCCUCCCUCCCUCCCUCCCUCCCUCCCUCCCUCCCUCCCUCCCUCUCUCUCUCUCUCUCUCUCUCUCUCUCUCUCUCUCUCUCUCUCUCUCUCUCUCUCUCUCUCUCUCUCUCUCUCUCGCCGCAUACUGAAUCUGGCUACUGCAGCAGCUGCAGAGCAUGCACAACUUCUGGAUCAGGGCUCCAUCUCCUGCUCCCUUCUGGAUCAGGAGGGAGGAAACGGAGGGACCAAGGGCUCCAUCUCCUGCUCCCUUGGUCCCUCCGUCUCCUCCCUCCUCCCCCUCCCCCCUGCUGAUAUUUUCCCUUCUCCUCCCCUGCCCACCUGCGUUCCACAAGGACACGCGCGUGCCCUACGAUCUCUCCAUCGCCAUUUCAAAGCUGCGUUGCACAAGGACAUGCGCAUACCAUACGAUCUCUCCAUCGCCAUCUCAAAGCUGGCGGAGUCGGGGCAGCUGCAGAGCAUGCACGACUUCUGGAUCAAGGGCUCCACCUCCUGCUCCCUCGGGCCCUCCGCGUUCCACAAGGACAUGCGCGUACCAUACGAUCUCUCCAUCGCCAUUUCAAAGCUGGCGCAGUCGGGGCAGCUGCAGAGCAUGCACGACUUCUGGAUCAAGGGCUCCACCUCCUGCUCCCUCGGGCCCUCCGUCUCCUCCACCAGCCUUGGCCCUGAGAAUUUCUGGACGCUCUUUGUGAUUUAUAGCGCGGUCGCGGUGCUGUGCUGCCUUGUGUACUGCGCGAUGUCGGCUUAUACGGGGUACAGGAUUCUGAGCUACUGCCGGAAGCUGGAGAAGGAGCUGAAGGAAGAACUGGAGGGAAGCAAAGCAGGGUCCAGGAGGGGCAAGGCAGAGGAAGGAAGCACGGAAAGCAGCAAGGGCACGAAGGGUGCAGGCGGGGUGUGGGGCAGCAUUCGCUCGGGGCUGCAGACGAUGAUGGAGAUCAACUUCUUUCACGCGCUGCUCGUGGGGCUGGGGUGGAAGGAUCCCCCUGACGUGCACUCUGCUCUGGUCACCAACCAGCUGCAGCACAUUGAAUUUGACAGCUACGGCGCUGCUGCUGGGUAUGGUGGUGGUGGUGGUGCUGGCGGGUAUGGUGCUGCUGCUGGGUUCAACGGUGGUGGUCCUGGAGAGGAAGGGGAGAUAGCGGGAGUGUUUGCCCGAGUUGGUAGCAUGGGUGGGAGGAGUUUCAAGAACGCUGAAGGCAGCACCAGCACCAGUCAACUUGUGAGGCGCCUCAGAAGUUUUGGAGAAGAAGGGGAGAGAGGGGGUGCAGGAUUCGACCGAGGUGGUAGCAUGGGCGGGAGGAGUUUCAAGAAUGCGGACCGACCAACCAGCAGCGGCAGCGGUCAUCUCAAGUCAAGCAAGUCACUCAAGAGGCGGUUCGCCAGGGGAAGCGCGUCGCAGGGAGGUUCUUUCAAAAACGGCGAAUUUAGGGCAGGCUCUCUCAAGUCAACAACCUCAUUUAAAGCAGAUCUGUUCCGAAAGCAACAGUCUUUCCAGCAGUCUAACCUUGGCAAGGAGGGGGCGAGAGAAGCAAGAGAGGCAAGGGAGGGAAGGGAGGGAAGGGAGUCAACGCCAGUCAAGAGGGCAGCGUCGUUCCGGGCAGAGUCAAUGCGGUCAGCCUCGCUCAAACAGUCCAACGCUUUCCAGGGGGGGCCUGUGGCUCGGGCUGGAGGGUUCCGGAGCGCUUCUGUGCCUGGAGGUGAAGGGAUCAGGGAGGUGACGGGAGAGCGGGAGCAGCAGAGGCAGGAGUAUGGGCAGGAAGGGAGGGCGAAGCAGUUUGUACGGCUGGAGAGUAAGAAAGGAAGCUUCAUGAAAGCAGAGAGUUUCAAAAGGCCUGGGUCUGGUGGGACUGGUGGGUCGGGUGGUUCUCGAGAUAGGGAUGGGGCUGGAAGCCUGGGUGCAGGAGCGGGCUUGGCUCAGUCGGGCAGCUUGAGCAAAACGGGCAGUUUUAAGAGAUCGGGCAGUGCACUCCGUGCUCCCAGCUUCAAGCGUCCUGCCAGCAGUCGAGAGGAGGGGAGUGAGAGGGACGGGAGUGGGAUAGCAGAGCAGCAGCCGCAGCCGCCGCCGCAGCAGCAGGGGCCGAUAUUGAAGCCCGAGGGGCUGUUUAAGAAGCUAGUCAGCUUUAAAGGGGCUGAGGCUGGGUCGAGCACUGGUGGAGGUUCUGAGAGCACGAGCAGAGGGGGAGUGGAGAGAGGGGCAGGAGGGGGAGCAGGAGGGGGAGCAGGAGGGGGAGCAGGAGGGGGAGCAGGAGGUGCAGGAGCACGGGGAGGAGGAGGAGGAGGGCAAGGGGGUGGGGGAGAGACGAGGCCGGAUAUCAGGUUUGGCGGCAGUGCAAGGGCCAAGUUUGAAGGGGGGCUGGUGUGGCGAUCAACUUGGUGGGGGAAGAAGGGGUGA